GGACCUCACAUUCUCUCCUUCCCCUCAACACAAAAAUCUCAACCUCUACCGUGUCUUUCUCCUCUUCCAAACUUUCCGGCGUGUUGUCACCGGAGUAGUUUUCCGGUCGUAUUUCCCUCCCGGCCAGUUCGUAACUCUUUCCUCGAUUUCUUCCCUUAUUGGCUCUUGUUCUAAGCUUCCUGGAGUUGAAUUCUCUGUUCCGUUGUUUGAAUUUAUCUACUGUUAAACCCUAGUUUUCAGUUAUAUUUUCUAUUUUGUUCGUAGAGGUUUGUUUUUGCUUAAAAUUUUUAGAUUCAUGUUUCCUGAUGAUGAUUUCCGGUGAAAUCGUUGACUUUCUAGGGGCAAAAAUGCUGUGUGAAUGAUGAAAACCCUAAUUUCAUCAGUCGUAGUGAAAUAGUUUUCGUAUUUUUUUUAAUAUUGAUUUUUUAUAUACUCCAAAACUUAGCUUCAAUGGCGGAUUCCGACAACGAAUCAGGAGGGCACAGGGACGGCCACGGCGGCGACAGCUCACAACGGGAGCAAGACCGUUUCCUCCCGAUUGCGAACGUGAGCCGAAUUAUGAAGAAGGCGCUGCCAGCGAACGCGAAGAUUUCCAAGGACGCGAAGGAGACGGUCCAGGAGUGUGUGUCGGAGUUCAUAAGCUUCAUCACCGGAGAGGCGUCGGACAAGUGCCAGCGGGAGAAGCGGAAGACGAUCAACGGCGACGACCUGCUUUGGGCGAUGACGACGCUGGGGUUCGAAGAGUACGUGGAGCCGUUGAAGGUAUACCUGCAGAGGUUCAGGGACAUGGAGGGGGAGAAGAGCGCCAUGGCGGGGCGGCAGGAGAAGGACGGCGGCGGUAAUGGCAGUUUCGCAAAUAUGGGGAACAGCGGGGGCAGUUACGUCGGUGGUGGGGAGGGCGGCGUGUUCGCCAGCGGCGGAAUGGGUUCUCAUGCUAUGAUGAUGGGUCAGCAUCACGGACACCUAUACGGGUCCGGAGUGUAUAACCAAAUGGGCGGUGGUGGAGGGUCCGGAAAACCAGGGUCGGGUUACAUCGGAUCCGGCCCACCUGCUGCUGGUAGGCCAAGGUAGCUAGCUAGCUAUUUCCACUUUUUGCUUGAUUAUGAUUUAUCAUAAUGGGGGGUUACGUUGCUGGAAAUAUCAAUAUAUUGUAUAGAUAUAUAAAUUAUGUUAGCAUAUAUGAAAAUGUUUGGUUUUUGAUUGGGUUAAGGAAGAACAGUGUUGUUGGUUGGGCCAUUUGAGAAGAUUGUUGGGGUAAAGAGAUCAAAUGGAUAGGUUUGAGGUUAGGAGUUUUUACUUUUUAGUAUUUGAUGAAUUGUACUCUGAAUAUUGUUGCAUAUAGUGCUACUAAUUUCAUGUAGUUAUUAAUUUUAU